AGAAGCAAAGUUUCAGGGAGACAAAAUACAAACAAGAAACAGGCCUAAGGAAGACAUGAAGACAUCAACCCUGUGCAUUAUUGCCUCCUUGGCAAUAGCAGCCCAUUGCAAUCCAAUAUUAACCCCUCCUGGCACAGCACAAGAUGAAGAUGUGGCUGAGACGUACCUGAAGAGGUUCUACAACCUGACUGAGGAGAAGGGAACCAUUUUCCGCCAUGGUAUCAGUCCAUUGAGCGAAAAGCUGAGUGAGAUGCAGAGAUUUUUCAGACUCAAAGUGACCGGGAUUCUGGAUUCAGACACCUUGCAGAUGAUGAACAAGCCAAGGUGUGGGGUUCCUGAUGUCUCCCAGUAUACCACCUUCCAUGGGAACCUCAAAUGGCCAACCAACAAGCUGACCUACAGGAUUGAGAACUACACUCCUGACCUGUCCGUGUCUGAGGUGGACACUGCCAUUGAGAAAGCCUUGCAGGUGUGGGCCAGAGUCACUCCACUGCAUUUCAAUCGAAUCUACAGUGGCAUAGCAGACAUCAUGAUCUCCUUUGGCUCCAGAGCACAUGGUGAUUCUUAUCCUUUUGAUGGACCAGAUGGCACUUUGGCUCAUGCUUUUGCGCCUUCCCCUGGCAUUGGGGGCAACGCUCAUUUCGAUGAUGAUGAAACUUUCACCUUCCAGUCAUCACAUGGGUACAACUUGUUCUUGGUGGCUGCUCAUGAGUUUGGUCACUCCAUGGGGCUGUCCCACUCCAAAGACCCUGGGGCCCUAAUGUAUCCUGUCUACAGCUACAGAGACCCCAACCGCUUUUCCCUGUCCAGAGAUGAUGUCGAUGGAAUACAGUCUCUCUAUGGCCAAAACCCUGUGAAGCCUGUAGGCCCCGAGCCCCCCAAGACCCCUGAUGCAUGUGAUCCGAACCUGGUCCUGGACGCCAUUGCAACUUUGCGUGGAGAACAGAUGUUCUUCAAGGGAAGGUUCUUCUGGAGGAAUUUCCCUCAGAGCAGAAAAGCUGUGCAAACCCUCAUCAAAAACAUCUGGCCUGAUGUUCCCGACAACCUCGAUGCUGCUUACGAGAGCCGAGAGACUGAUAGGGUUUACCUCUUCAAAGGUAGACAGGUCUGGGCACUCUCUGGCUAUGACAUUGUAAGCAGCUAUCCCAGAAGCAUCAGCAGCAUGGGUCUGCCAGACACUGUGAAGAAAAUCACUGCUGCUCUAUAUGAAGUACAUUCUGGCAAAACUUUGUUCUUUGUUGACAAGUACUACUACAGCUAUGAUGAGGCAAGUCAGAGAGUGGACAGAGGAUUCCCCAAACUGGUAGAAGAUGAGUUCCAAGGCAUGAUAGGGGAAGUCACAGCUGCCUUUGAAUUCGAAGGAUAUUCCUACCUCUUCCAUGAAUCAAGGAUGUUUGAAUUCAAUUCCAGAAGCAAAAGAUUUUACCGAGAGCUGAGGACCAGCUAUUUCUUACCUUGUUAAAUCAUAUUAUGCUUUUUGACUAAUGUGAACACAUCUGGCACAGGAAUCUUUUUUUUUUACAUCUUAAUAUGUUAAAAGGUUGUCUUUCAUGUGUAUUGCCCAACCAUGUUCCUGGAGAUCUAGUAUCCUAUAGGUUUGCAUUUAAACCCUAAUUUGGCACAUCUGAUUCUUCUAGUUAGCAGCUCAACAGUAUCUCUAGUUGCCCUGGCAUAAGUAUAUGUUCAAGUUUUAUUACUCACUGUUUGACUAACAUAUUAUUGUUUUAUAUUUAAUCACAUUCAUAUUACAUUUUACAUUAUGUUAAAAAUGUUCAAUUCAUAAUUGUGAUAAAGAGGACAUACAGUACUGUACAAAAGUCUUAGGCACCUGUGUAACAUUCUGUACAGAUAAGAUUCUUUCAAAAAUAAUUCAAUGAAACAUCCUCAAUAAACGUACUAUACAUUUUACAUUACAUUUUAGUAAUUUGGCAGAAUAGUUAAAAACUGAAUCAAAUCAAUAUUUUUUGUGACCACCCUUCAGCGUUAAAACUGCAUCACUUCUCUGAGAUAGCCAACGCUGUCAUGCAGUUCUAUAAGACAAUCAGCAGGGAGGUUGUUCCACAAUGUCUCUGUAAAAUAAAAUCUUUUGGAAAAUGAA